AUGUUCGUCCUUCCCCCACCUCCGCCUCGCUAUACCGUCCCCGUCGCCUAUGCGGCCGGGGCGUCGAAUGGCAUGGCGGUGCCAGUUGUAGAAACCAACAAUAUCAUCAGCCAUCCAGAGGGUGGCUGUUCCUUACAAGCCGGAGAAGGCACUUACCUCCUCAGAGAUGACCUACACUUAGCCACCCCUCCUCCACAUCCCUCCGAAGCUCCCGUCAUGAAUCCCAACCCACUUGCGACCGUUCCGGCGCCUCCGACAUCAGGUGUCAAGCUCUCACUGGUUAGCAUCGGUAGCCGGAUUAAAACUCCUACACCCUCCGUGGAUGGCGUAGGGGCAGCAUCUUUAUUUGGGGAUGGCAAUCCAGCUCUAGCGGCACCACCUGUCAAGGAAGGAUUGAAGAGGAGAAAACCGAAGAACAAUAUCAUCAAGAGCAGCUCGUCAUUCGUCUCGCGGGUCAUUACGCAUGAGACGGCAACCAAGCGAUUGAACGAUCGGAAUCCGGAUGGUCUUUUUGCCUUUGCCAAUAUCAAUCGUGCCUUCCAGUGGCUGGACCUUAGCGCUAAGCAGAAGGAAGAGCCCGUCACUAAGAUCUUGUUCACCAAAGCGCACAUGAUAAGUCAUGAUAUCAAUGAGCUAACCAAGAGCACAUCGCACAUAGAUGUUGUCAUGGGUUCAUCGGCUGGAGACAUUAUAUGGUACGAGCCGAUGUCUCAAAAGUACGCACGUAUCAACAAGAACGGGGUCGUCAACAACUCUCCUGUGACGCAUAUAAAAUGGAUCCCCGGUUCAGAGAAUCUGUUUAUGGCCGCUCAUGCCAACGGACAGUUGGUGGUGUACGACAAGGAGAAAGAAGACGCUCUUUUCGCACCAGAACUGGGCAGUCCAUCGGCUGAAACGAUGAAGUCGUCGUCAGGGCGAUCACCAUUGCAAAUCCUGAAGUCGGUCAACUCGAGGAACCAGAAGACCAAUCCGGUUGCGCUGUGGAAACUCGCCAACCAAAAAAUCACGCAAUUCGCCUUCUCUCCGGACCGCAGACACUUGGCUGUCGUCUUAGAAGAUGGAUCGUUACGAGUGAUGGACUACUUGAAGGAAGAGGUUCUGGAUAUCUUCCGCAGUUACUACGGCGGAUUAAUAUGCGUCUGCUGGUCGCCAGACGGAAAAUACAUAGUAACUGGAGGCCAAGACGAUCUUGUAACGAUCUGGUCGUUGCCAGAGCGCAAGAUCGUCGCACGCUGCCAGGGCCACAACUCCUGGGUCUCUGCGGUAGCUUUUGACCCAUGGCGCUGCGACGACCGCACUUACAGGUUUGGUAGCGUUGGUGACGAUUGUCGGUUGCUGCUAUGGGAUUUCAGCGUGGGCAUGCUGCACCGGCCGAGAGUACAUCAAGCCAACGCCCGCCAACGCACCAGCAUGAUCGUCUCGAACACUCAACAUCUCAACCGCCACCGAGCAGACAGCGGAGGUAACCGAACGCGGUCUGAUUCUCAGGAGACCGCAGAUACCUAUAACAGUUAUGAUCCGACCGUUCGUCAUCCGGUGGAACCCAGAGCACGAACUGCCCUCUUACCACCGAUCAUGUCCAAAAUCGUAGGCGAAGACCCUAUCUGCUGGUUAGGCUUCCAAGAAGACUCCAUCAUGACAUCUUCACUCGAAGGCCACAUUCGUACCUGGGAUCGUCCCCGAGAAGGCAUUAACGACAACUACAGUUAUUCGCCGGCGAUCAGUGCCAGCGCCACCGGGUCUGGUCGUGCUGACUCGAUGAUGGGAUCACUGUGA